AUGUCGUUCCUUUAUCAAUUCAUUUUUCUGGCCUUGAGUCUAUUCCUGGAAGUCGGCGAGGCCUCGAACAGCAGCAGCAGCAGCAGCAGCAGCAACAGCAGCAACAGCAGCAACAGCAACACCACAAUCUGGCAACCCCAAGUCGGCACAACCUGGCAAAUCAUCCUCACCGACCCCAUCGACCCCAGCACCACCACCACCAGCCCCACCGAAGUCUACGACCUCGACCUCUGGCUCAACGACGCCGCCACCAUCGCCGACCUCCACGCCCAGCACCGCAAAGUAAUCUGCUACUUCUCCGCCGGCAGCUACGAGUCCUACCGCCCGGACAAAGCCGCCUUCCCCCCUUCCACCCUCGGCAAUACGCUGGAUGGCUGGCCCGACGAGAAAUGGCUCGACAUCCGCUCCCCGGACGUACGCAGCGUCCUCGCCGCCCGCCUCGACCUCGCCGCCCAGAAGGGGUGCGACGGCGUCGACCCCGACAACGUGGACGGGUACGAUAACGAUAACGGAUUGGGGCUGACGGCCUCCGACGCGGUGGAGUUUGUCAAAUGGUUGGCGGAGCAAGCCCGCGCGCGCGGGAUGUCGGUGGGAUUGAAGAACGCCGGGGGCAUCAUUCCCGAGGUGAUUACGGAGAUGCAGUGGUGUGUCAAUGAGCAGUGUGUGGAGAUGGGGGAGUGUGAGACUUAUGCCCCGUUUGUGGCCGCGGGGAAGCCGGUUUUUCAUAUUGAGUAUCCUAAUGCUGAGGAGGUGGGGAGGGUGAAGGUUGCGGAGGAGGAGAAGAGUAGGGCGUGUCAGGGGAAUGGGGCGGCGGGGUUUUCGACUGUGUUGAAGAAUUUGGGGCUGGAUGCUUGGGUGGAGGUUUGUUGA